AUGGCUCAAGUGUAUCAUAAGGUUGAUUUCCGAUUGUCCUUUAUAGGAAGGGCGUCGAAUGAAUCCUCAGAUUUAAUGUGCAUGCACGGACCGGAGGAGUGUCUUGGUGACAUGAUUAUUCUUUGCGCCGCUCACCUCCCGUUCCCUCCCAGCUCAGAGGCGUAUAAUAAUACAACGCCUGUCGUGCGCUCGCUUGGUUUUGCCAACUGCUUGUUAUCUUCGUAUCAGAAGAUACCGGAGCGAGCACUGGUUGAAAGCUGCGCUAUGGAGUUCGGCAUUGACUUCAAUGCUCUCAAUGCCUGCCUCAGUCGCCAAGACGAUGAAGACGACACCAAACGUAUCGGCAUCCACGGUCCGGGCGAAGCCAGCGGCCUUGCGCUGCUCAGGUCCGAUUUCAUUCGCAAUGCUGCGCUGGGGAUCCAAACGAGUUGUACCGUUCGUGUCAAUAAGAAAACGUGGUGUAUUCGUGACGGUGGUCAGUGGAGAGAUUGCCAAUCGCGUGGAGGCGAGGUCUCCUCGCUUGUUGAAGAGAUCAACAGUCUUUACAACAACGGCUCGGAAACAUUGCUACGACAGUCGGGGUAA